AUGGAAACUUUAGAAAUACAUUCAAAGGAUUUCCUUAUCAAAUGGAUCAAUGCUCCAGAUAAUUCUAUUAUUGACUGGCAAGCAAAACCUUUGAAGAAAUCCAUCAAUUUUGCAUUUUAUAAGAAAAAUGAGGAUUCUUCCCUGCUGUCAAAUGAUUUAAGUUUAGAUGUCCCUCCUCCAAUUCAACCACCUUAUAGUACAAGAUCUCGAUCAGCUUCAGCUGCAUCAGUUAAUCAAUUUACAAAAUCAAAUGAUGUCUACAAAUUAAAAUCUAGAGCAUCUGCAUUGUCCCUAAUCAAUGAAUCGGAUUUGACUUUAAUUAAAAAUUAUAACAAAUUAGUCGCCAACGAACUUAUUCAUGGGAAAUUUGAAGUAGAUAAAGGUGGUAUGUUUGCUUUUGUUUUUGAUAACUCAUUUUCAAAGACUAUUGCCAAACAAGUGGAAUUUUCUGCUAAAAUUGUCACAAGUCUCCCCCAAGAAGAAUCGUCUGUAGCCUCUUCUUCUAUUAUGCCAGCACAACAACAAGUUUCUGAUGCAAAUGAUCAAAAUGUAUUUGAUGAAAGUGAUUCUGCCCCAGGGGAAACUUUACAAAGUGUCAUAUUAAAGAAAAGGAGAAAGAAGUUACAAGGUUUUACCAAACGUUAUUUUGUUUUGAAUUUCGCAAGAGGAACUUUGUCUUACUUUAGAGUUAAUGAUGUUAAAUUACGUGGUCAAAUGCCUAUUAAAGAAGCCAUAGUUUCUGCAAAUGAAGCCACUCGUGAGUUUAUUAUUGAUUCUGGUAUGGAAGUGUGGCACUUGAAAGCAGUCAACAAGGCUGAUUUUAAUGCCUGGGUCGGUGCAUUCAAUUCUAUUAAAACCCAACAAUCUGAUUUACUUAUGGGUCCAGAAAAUGGUGCGGCUGUAAGCUCCUCUGCACCAGCAUCAAAUGGGUCCACGGCCAUUGCCCCAUCAACAUCAGAAUUGCAAAUAAUUGCUAACAAAUUGGAGCAAUUGAAAGUUCAACAUCCUUCUCCAUUGGCUGAUGAAAUUCAUCAAGACUUUUUGAAUUUGAUUUAUCAAACCAAUGGCUCAGCUGGAGUGCAAUUAUCUGGAGCUGGCGAUUCACAAUCUGUUUUCUCCUCUGAUUUCCAUGAUGCUGCAGAUCAUUUCGACGACACUGGUGUGUACUUUUUGGAUUAUGAUGGUAAAUUCCCACAAGAAGAAGAGGAAGAUAUGGUUGUUGAAGAGGAAACCUCAUCCGACGAUGAAGAAGAGGAUGUUGAUGUAACUAAUAUUCCAAUAAUGGCUGAAGAACCAGCCAGUCAAGAUAAAGAUUUACCACAGCCAACCGUCACAGCUGAUGAAGAUAACUUGUAUCCAUUACCACAUGAUCCAAUAAAGAGAGAUUUUGAUAUUCCAGUGUGUACACAUACACCUCCAUCUAUUCUUAGUUUUGUUCGUAAAAAUGUUGGGAAAGAUUUAUCCACAAUUGCCAUGCCAGUUACUUACAAUGAACCUACUACAGUUUUACAGAAAUUUGCUGAAAUGCUUGAGUAUCCAGAAGUUGUUUCCAAUGCUUUAGGUUCUGACUUUGAAGAUGCAUCUGGUGAAAAGGUAUUAAGAAUUGCUGCAUUUGCUUUGAGUAAUCUUUCGAGUGCUCGUGCUAAAGAAAGAAACAAACGUAAACCAUUCACUCCAUUAUUGGGUGAAACAUAUGAGUUGGUUCGUGAAGACCUUGGGUUUAGAUUAGUUUCAGAGAAAGUUUGUCAUCGUCCACCAGUUUUUGCAUUUCAUGUUGAUACCGAAUUUUGGACCCUUGACUAUGCCUUAUCGCCAGUACAGAAAUUCUGGGGUAAGCAAUCCGAAGUCACCACUAAAGGUAGUGUAGUAUUGACUGAUAAAUCAACUGGAGAAGUUUUCACAUGGACCCAACCAACCACUAUGAUUAAGAAUAUUAUCGCUGGUAAAACGUAUGCUGAACCAAGUGGAACUAUCACUGUUAAGUCUUCUACCGGAUAUAAAGCAGUUGCUGAAUUUGCUAAAGGUGGUAUGUGGAGUGGUAGAUCCGAAGAUGUUGUUGUUAAAGCAUUUGAUGGUAAAAAGAGUGAAUUACCAUACAGUGUUGAAGGUAAAUGGACAGAAUCCUUUAAAUUGAAAACUAAAUCCACAGAAAAGACCAUUUGGCAAGCUGGUGAAUUAUUACCUAAUUAUCAAAAGAAAUUUGGUUUCACUAAAUUUAGUGGUACAUUGAAUAAAAUCACAGAAAUGGAAAGAGGAAAAAUGGCACCUACUGAUUCAAGAAAUAGACCUGAUUUACAAGCAUAUGAAAAGGGUGAUGUUGAUAAUGCGGAAGAUUUAAAGAAUAAAUUAGAACAAGAUCAAAGGGUGAGAAGAAAAGAAAUGGAAGAAGCAGGUACAGUUCAUGUUCCUAAAUUCUUUAGACAAAAGGGUAAUGGUCCAGUUGAUGAAUCUGAAUGGGAAUUCAUUCAAGGUGAGAAAAGUUAUUGGAAUAGAAGAAAGAGAGGUGAUUGGGAAGAUUUACUUCAGUUAUGGUAA